CUCCCGCCCCGAGGCGAUGGGCUCCGAGGCGGCGCAGUUGCUGGAGGCUGCAGAUUUCGCGGCGCGGAAGCACAGUGGGCAGCGGCGAAAGGACCCCGAAGGGACCCCCUACAUCAACCACCCUAUCGGUGUGGCUCGGAUCCUGACCCAUGAGGCGGGAAUCACUGACAUUGUGGUGUUACAGGCCGCCCUGCUCCAUGACACCGUGGAGGACACAGACACCACCCUGGAUGAAGUGGAGCUGCACUUUGGGGCACAGGUGAGGCGUCUGGUGGAAGAGGUGACAGAUGACAAGACUCUGCCCAAGCUGGAGAGAAAAAGGCUGCAAGUGGAGCGGGCUCCCCACAGCAGCCCAGGGGCUAAACUGGUGAAGUUGGCGGACAAGCUGUACAAUCUGAGGGACCUGAAUCGCUGCACCCCAGAGGGGUGGUCUGAGCAUCGAGUGCAGGAAUACUUUGAGUGGGCAGCGCAGGUGGUGAAGGGUCUUCAGGGAACAAACCGGCCUCUGGAAGAGGCUCUGAAACAGCUGUUUACAGAGCGGGGCUUGGCACUCUGAGCAGUGCUUGGCCAGAGUGGCAGAGACGCCAGCCUUGUCCAGGCCAGAGUGGAGUCAUACGCUAGGCUUUUGGCACCUCUCCAGCUGCCUGCACAGUUCACUCAGCCCGGCAGCCAAAAACAUUUGCCUUUUCACACUCAGAACAUCUCCUGCCGACUACUAAGCUGAGCCUGGAUUGUGGAAGUCAGACAUCUCCCCAUCCACUUCUAACACCGUCACUGCCCUUCAGGCCUUGAGUCUGCCUUUUUGGGUCUCUGGUCCCUCAGGUACUUGGGCUUGUAUAAACACUUGUUCAUAGUCAUGGAAAAUAAAGCAUUUUGCGUGAAA